AGGAAGCGGAAGUCGGCGCCUGCGGUGGCUCGACAUCCGUGCUGGUAUCACCAGGGGGGCAGCCGGUUGGGGAAUCGGGAACAGCAGGUGCUCCCUUCGCCUUUUCCUUCCUUUAGCUGCGCCAAGGAUGCUCAGUUUGACAUGUACUCUGCUCCAGGUUUGGCAGUCUCCGAGCGGUAAAGCUUUUCUUGGAUACCUCUGCUGAACCGCAGAUAAACGCUAGUCUGGGGAUGUGAACACAAUGAGUGUAAACCAACAGACUCACACAGGGCCGCCUUAUGGCCAACCGCAGGCAGGCUAUGGAGGAUACCUGCAGCCUUCUUAUGGAGGACAACAAAUCCCAAGUGUUCCUGUUUCUCAGUAUGGUGCUUAUAAUGGUCCAGUGACAGCAUAUCAGCAGCCUGGUCCCCCACAAGGUUCUCUGAGAACUCCUUCCACUUCUGGAGCUCCUGCAUCAACAUCUGGAGCAUUAGUUCCUCCUGGACAGCCUGCCUAUACUCAGUUUGGACAAGGAGAUGUACGCAAUGGAAUUCCUGCUUCUACAGUUUCAUUGCAAAGACCUUCUCCUCAGCAGUUCAUGCCUGGCACAGCCCCUGCUCCUAUUACCCAGCCAGCUACUUUCCAGCAUUAUGGGCUACCUCCAUCAGGUACACAGCAACUGACGAAUCACAUGGCAGCAAUGCAGAUCAGCAGUGUUUCAUCCUCGGUUCCCAGCCCAGCUGGACUGGGCUAUGGCCCUACCACAUCAGUUCCACCUGCCUCAGGAAGUUUUACUACAAUCGGAUCUGGGCAAUACAUGUCAUAUUCAAGCCAAGGACCACCACCACCUAAUAUGCCCCAUGGAUUGCCUCCCACCAGCUUGGCUCAGGGUCUUUCCAUGGCUCAGCCUUCUGUUUCUGGUCCUCCACCUGCCCUGCACCUUUCUUCUCAAGCUCCUGGCUUUGCCCCACCACCACCUACGUCUGCUGGAAUUGGAGCUUCCAGUUACCCUUCUGCUGCAGGUGUUUCAAGGCCUCCCACAAUACAGGGCACAUCAUUACCUGGUCAUGCUGUUACUGGGUUGAUCAGCACUUCCCAACCAAAUCAUGUGACCUCACCACCACCUCAACAACCUAUGGCAGGACCUCCCCCCGGACCACCACCUCCUGGGCCACCAAUGACAGGAUUGCAAGGACCACCUCCAACUCAUCCUCCCCAACCAGGAUAUGCAUUACAACAAAAUGGGUCCUUUGGACAGAAUAGAGGCAACCAGCCAAAUUAUGGUGCAGCUUUCUCUGGGCCAGCAAAUUAUGGAAGUCAGCCUGCUCCAGCACCUCCACCGAAACGUCUAGAUCCAGAUUCCAUUCCUAGUCCACAACUCAAUGAGCUGCCACCUCAGCAGAAACCCAGACACAGAAUAGAUCCAGAUGCAAUUCCUAGCCCAAUCCAGGUAAUUGAAGAUGACAGAAAUAAUCGUGGGUCAGAGCCAUUUGUCACAGGAGUCCGUGGGCAAGUGCCACCCCUUGUCACUACCAAUUUCUUGGUUAAAGAUCAAGGUAAUGCAAGUCCCCGCUACAUAAGAUGUACGUCCUAUAAUAUCCCCUGCACUUCAGAUAUGGCUAAACAGUCUCAAGUUCCUCUUGCUGCAGUCAUAAAACCAUUGGCCACACUUCCUACAGAAGAGACUCCUCCUUAUUUGGUAGACCAUGGAGAAUCAGGCCCCAUCCGGUGCAAUAGGUGCAAAGCCUAUAUGUGUCCCUUUAUGCAAUUUAUUGAAGGUGGAAGAAGAUUUCAGUGCUGUUUCUGUAGCUGUAUCACUGAGGUGCCAUCUCACUACUUCCAGCACUUGGAUCACACAGGGAGGCGAGUGGACUACUAUGACAGACCUGAGUUAUCUUUGGGAUCCUAUGAGUUCUUGGCAACCGUUGACUACUGCAAGAACAACAAGUAUCCCAACCCCCCUGCUUUUAUUUUCAUGAUUGAUGUAUCGUACAAUGCGAUAAGAAGCGGCCUGGUAAGGCUGAUCUGUGAAGAGCUGAAGACUCUCCUAGAUUACUUGCCCAGAGAAGGAAACAUGGAAGAGUCAGCCAUCCGUGUGGGCUUUGUCACCUACAACAAAGUUCUGCAUUUCUAUAAUGUGAAGAGCUCCCUGGCACAGCCACAAAUGAUGGUUGUGUCAGAUGUAGCAGACAUGUUUGUACCUCUGCUUGAUGGUUUCUUGGUGAAUGUGAAUGAGUCUCGCACAGUUUUUACCAGUUUGCUGGACCAGAUACCAGAAAUGUUUGCUGAUACAAGAGAGACAGAAACAGUAUUUGGACCAGUGAUUCAGGCAGGCAUGGAGGCUCUAAAGGCAGCAGAGUGUGCUGGAAAGCUCUUCAUAUUUCAUACAUCCCUGCCUAUUGCAGAGGCACCAGGGAAGCUGAAGAACAGAGAUGACAAGAAACUGAUAAAUACAGAUAAAGAAAAGACAUUGUUUCAGCCUCAGACAAGCUUCUACAGCAAUUUAGCCAAGGAAUGCGUAGCACAAGGCUGCUGUGUGGAUCUGUUUCUUUUUCCAAAUCAGUAUUUGGAUGUGGCUACAUUAGGAGUGGUUCCUUACCAGACAGGUGGCUCCCUUUAUAAGUACACCUUUUUCCAGGUGGAAACAGAUCAGGAUCGCUUCUUGAAUGAUUUGCGAAGAGAUGUUCAGAAAGAAGUGGGCUUUGAUGCUGUGAUGAGGGUGCGCACGAGCACCGGUAUUCGAGCAACAGAUUUCUUUGGAGCUUUCUAUAUGAGCAAUACAACAGAUGUGGAGCUAGCAGGGCUAGACUGUGAUAAAACAAUCACAGUGGAGUUCAAACAUGAUGAUAAGCUGAAUGAAGAAAGUGGAGCACUUAUUCAGUGUGCUGUAUUGUAUACAAGCUGUGCAGGACAAAGGCGACUGCGUAUCCACAACCUAUCCUUGAACUGCUGCACACAGUUGGCCGAUCUUUACAGAAACUGUGAGACGGACACACUUAUCAACUACUUAGCCAAAUUUGCAUAUCGUGGAGUUCUGAACAAUCCAGUCAAAACAGUGAGAGAUACACUGAUCAACCAGUGUGCCCAGAUCUUGGCUUGCUACCGGAAAAACUGUGCUAGCCCCUCUUCUGCUGGACAGUUGAUUCUCCCAGAAUGCAUGAAACUUCUCCCUGUGUAUUUGAACUGUGUUUUGAAAAGUGAUGUUCUUCAGCCUGGGUCAGAAGUUACCACUGACGACCGCUCCUAUAUCCGCCAGCUAGUCACCUCAAUGGAUGUGGCAGAAACAAAUGUUUUCUUUUACCCCAGACUCUUACCACUGACCAAAUUAGACCUCAAUAGUGACUCCUUACCAACUGCAAUCAGAAACUCUGAAGAGCGUCUUUCCAAGGGUGAUAUAUACCUGCUAGAAAAUGGGCUGAAUAUGUUUUUGUGGAUAGGAGUAAAUGUUCAGCAGGGACUGAUCCAAAACCUCUUUGGAGUUUCAUCAUUUACCCAGAUUAGCAGCUCUAUGUGCACGCUGCCAAUUUUGGACCAUCCCUUCUCAAAGAGAGUGCGAUCUAUCAUUGAUAUGUUCCAGUCUCAAAGGCCACGCUACAUGAAGCUCGUGAUUGUGAAGCAAGAGGACAAACUGGAUCUGCUAUUCAAGCACUUCUUAGUGGAAGAUAAGAGCAUGAAUGGAGGAGCUUCAUAUGUGGACUUCCUCUGUCACAUGCACAAGGAAAUCCGCCAGUUACUGAGCUAGAGUUGGAGUAAUGCUGGAUUCCAGCACUGACACCUCUAUAUUCACUAACCAUCUGAUGAACGAGCCCAGCUCCUUCAAGGACAAUAUAGAAACCUGUACAAUUCCAUAAUUUUUAAUACACUGUGCAUAAACAAUUACAGCAUCUCUCAAACCCUUUGAGUGAGACUUGGACAAACAAAACACUUCCUUAUGGCAGAAAGAAAAAGAUUUGUUGACUUCAGGUCUUAGACCUGUGUCUCUUAUUGGCAGGACCCCUGCCUUGCACCACCCCAAAUCUGUUAUAAGAAAUGUAUGUUGAGGUCAUUGUACACAACUCAGUAUAAGGUGAAAAAGUGCUUCUCCAAACUGCACAGUGGCUGCUGUAUUUGUUCAUGUGAUACUCUGUAAGAGUAGGAGCCAGAUACGAAGUGGAUGGCAGGUUCUGCUCAGAUAAAAAGUGGAUGUUGCAUAGUCAAGCAGUUUGCUUCCAUCUGAGCUAGGAAGAUGCUGUAAGCCUGUGAGAGAGGUGUCUUCUAGAAAACAGCACCUGAACUCUGAGCCAGGAUUCCAGAGUAAACAUGCCUUCACUGUAGCUGUACUGCUGUGCAAGUCUGCCUUGGGAUCAGUGAAAGAUGAGACGUCCUGGAAAGUUAAAUGUAUCUUGCGCUGUUAUAAAUAAGUAUUGCUGCCACCCCUCUGGGAAAAGCAGCACCCCUUCCCCUGGCCCCUUUUGCCAGUACCAUCUUGCUUUGUGUUUUGCUGUCUCUUUCCAUUCAAAUGCAAAGUUUUUAUUGGAAUAUCCUCUUUAGGUGAUUGUGCUUUCCCUUUCUCAUCCUGUAGAAAGUAAUGUUUACACCAAGUGUCAGAAAUGACUGAGGAUAGUUGGAGAGCACCUGUUUGAUUUGUACCCAUGUGUACUGAGGAGACCUGUAGCAACACGUUGAUGAAAUAGUUCAUAUAAUGUAAAGUUCAAAUCAUGCCACAAUGUUUUUUAGAGUUCAAAUCCUUAACAGAUUUGAAGCAAUCACAUAUGGCAAUUAAAAUGAUGACAUGCCAAGUAAUUCUUUGGCCUACCAAUGUCAUAUCUGUUGCAAGACUGCUUGUGAUCUUAUGGCUCCAAUGAUAAGCAAAGGUAUUUUGCAAAGACAGGGUGUGUUUCAGAGUUCAAGUUGUCAAAGGGCUCAUUAAUUUUUAAAAAGAGGCUUUUUUAGAAAAAAAAAUGCUACAUCCAGGUAUUCUUGUAAUGCCCAAGAUAUAGUGAGGGAACAACACCAUUAAAACUUGAAAAAGGAAAAGAGAUUGCUUAGGCAAAUGGAUGAUUAAGACUGAAUUGUGGUAAACCAUUUAUUCCAUCUGGCACUGAAAACUGAAAUUGAAACCUUAUGUACAUGACCGAUUAAAUAAUCCAGGAGUGUGGUUUCUAUCCCAUAACCUCUAGUGUGUGCAUUUGUAAAUAUUUUCCCCUCUAUUGCACCUAGCUUGUCUUCCCCUUCAUUUCUUUCAUUUCACAGUAAAAGGGGAUGUUUGAGAACUGAAAGUGACUAGAUAUCAAGAGUUUUCAGUACUGUCAUAAUACAUGGGUAAGUGUAAUUGAGCUUCUUCCCAUCCCCAAACAUACAUACUCUCUUCCACCAAAAAUUUAGACAUUAAACCAGUGAAGAACUCACUCCCCAGAACACAGUUCAGUACCCAGACUUUCAGAUAACUAAUUUCUAGAAGUAUAUAAAAGGAAAAAAAAUCAUAACUGUCUUCACCUUUUUCAAUUCAUCUUUUAAUUUGUAAAGAAAUUAUAUGAAGAUGUAUUUUAUGUCACUGUUAGUAAAUAAAUACUGAUUAUUUUUUCCAAGCCCUGUAUUUUAGGGAGGGGAAUGAACUGGUGUGCAGGUGACUAAAUCAAAUUCAGUAAUGGCAAAUAAAAAAUGUUAUUUGCAAUGA